ACCAGGCGAGGGUCUGGGGUGGGAGUGAGGCGAGGCCGCCGGGCGGCCUGAGGCGGGGGCCGCGAUCGUCUGCGCCUGCGCCUGCGCGGGGCACCGCUCCUCCUCCCCCGCGCGCCGACCGCAGGCGCCGGGCCUUUGUCUAAGCCGGUUCGUCUCUGAGGCGGCCGUGGGUCCAGGUCGGGCUCCUCUCUCGGAGUCUGCGCCAUGGAUGGGGCUUCAGCCUCCUUCCUAUUUACCGUCCUGCUACUUCCUCCCCGGCGGGCGCCGCGGCUCCGUGCCCCUCCGCGAACUGUGGAGCCGGCGGAGGGCUGGCAUCAACGUGGCCUCCAGGUCGCUGGCAGCCGGGUGGCAGAACUCUUCCGAGGCUCCUUGGGAAGAAGCUACACCCGAGGGAGCCGGAUGGGCCUCGAAACCCUGGCCCGCUGUGGUUCUGUACCAUUGCAAGGGGAGCCGUAAACUGAGCUUUUCUAACGUGGGUUUCUGCCGAGUCCUUCUCCAGCUGCCCCCUUCCCCCCAGCACACAGGAGAGCCUCUGUGUAGCCAGCGCUUGACAGUCGUUAGGUUCAGUGUAUCUUUGCCUGCCUACAUCAAUCUGCAAGGGAGUUGCAGAAAGCCUCAUGUUCAUCGAGCCGUGAGUCACAACCAAUUUCUAAGCUGUUAUAACAAAAAAGUGUUUGCUUUUUUUCACAAGUAACUUUAAAAGUGUAGUUUAGAAAGAAAACAUUUUCAAUAAAAAGACACUACAUUAAUCCUGGAUGCUUGCAAAUCCUAAAAUAUAUUCCUCCUCUAGCGUUGCACAGCUCUGUGUUGUAUACACAGACUAGCUUUAAAAUUUGUCACAUACCACUUUACCUUUACUUUUAUGUAUCAUUCCCCUGACUUCCUUACUGCAGGUGUGGGCAAGAAAACUUUUCCUUUAACACUUUUCAACAGCGGGCAUAAAAUUCUGCAGCUGAGGUCUUGAAGAAUGCAGAUGGGUACAGUAUGUGUUGGAGCUCACAGUGUGUAUUGACUAACCUAGUUCCUUUUUUGCUUUUUUUGGUAUUGUCUUGUUAAAAGUGACUCCCAGGUAGCAACUCUCUUUUUUAAGGGUGGGAACGAAAGGGACAUAGGAAGAAUAGAUCGAGAUUAUUUAACAGUCUUCGAUAGAGUUUGAAAGCUUUCUUCUUCAUUCAGUUUUAGGCAAAAUACUGCCUCUGCAUUUGUUCGUAACAAAAAGAUUAGAUUAAUAAGUAGCUUUUGUUGGUGGCAGUUACCAGCUCUAUAAGUCACCCUUGGUGGUUCAUGGACCUCUGAUUAGCUUGGGUUUUGGAAUCUCAUUGCCACAUGUAUAUGUGGAGCCAAUGACCUUUUGGUGCUCAGCUGUUUACGUCUGACUCCUUGACUUCUUUGGUACAAUGAUGGAGUCAGAUCUCAUUAAGUGUGAUUCUUCAUGAUAUAAUUAGCCUCAAAAAAAACGUGUAUUCCACUCCACUUGUAAAUAUCUUUAGAUCAGCUUUUCGUUGUAUUUGAUGGGGAGAACACAGACAUGAUAGUCUGCAAAUCAUCCAGGUGAAUUGUUAUACUAGUUUUUUUUUGUGGUUAAUGUGAUAAUAUUGUCUUAUUUAAAACCACAAAUGAAUUUCAGGAGACGAAACCAGACAGAGGGUCAAGUUUACAGAUGACCGUGUCUGCAAGAGUCACCUUCUGGACUGCUGCCCCCAUGACAUCCUGGCUGGGACGGGAGGAGCACCUCCUGGAAAACCGCUCAGAUGUAUUAAAUCUUCUCAAGCUGACUUUUCUGACAGCAAAUGCGAAAUGAAUGCCAAACCUUGUGCCUCUGUUCCUUGGGGUGUUGUCUGCUGUUUGGCCUGGAGUGGGAAAACGUUACUGUUUGCCGCAGAUUGUUCGCAUGGAUUUAGGAGAAUGUACCAAAAUCCACGACUUGGCCCUCCGAGCAGAUUAUGAGAUUGCAAGUAAAGAAAGAGACCUGUUUUUUGAAUUGGAUGCAAUGGAUCACUUGGAGUCCUUUAUUGCGGAAUGUGAUCGGAGAACUGAGCUCGCCAAGAAGCGGCUGGCAGAAACACAGGAGGAAAUCAGUGCGGAAGUUUCUGCAAAGGCAGAAAAAGUACAUGAGUUAAAUGAAGAAAUAGGAAAACUCCUUGCUAAAGCCGAACAGCUAGGGGCUGAAGGUAAUGUGGAUGAAUCCCAGAAGAUUCUUAUGGAAGUGGAAAAAGUUCGUGCGAAGAAAAAAGAAGCUGAGGAAGAAUACAGAAAUUCCAUGCCUGCAUCCAGUUUUCAGCAGCAAAAGCUGCGUGUCUGUGAGGUCUGUUCAGCCUACCUUGGUCUCCAUGACAAUGACCGUCGCCUGGCAGACCACUUCGGCGGCAAGUUACACUUGGGGUUCAUUCAGAUCCGAGAGAAGCUUGAUCAGUUGAGGAAAACUGUCGCUGAAAAGCAGGAGAAGAGAAAUCAGGAUCGCUUGAGGAGGAGAGAGGAGAGGGAACGGGAGGAGCGUCUGAGCAGGAGGUCGGGAUCAAGAACCAGAGAUCGCAGGAGGUCACGCUCCCGGGAUCGGCGUCGGAGGCGGUCAAGAUCUACCUCCCGAGAGCGACGGAAGUUGUCCCGGUCCCGGUCCCGAGAUAGACAUCGGCGCCACCGCAGCCGUUCCCGGAGCCACAGCCGGGGACAUCGUCGGGCUUCCCGGGACCGGAGUGCGAAAUACAAGUUCUCCAGAGAGCGGGCAUCCAGAGAGGAGUCCUGGGAGAGCGGGCGGAGCGAGCGAGGGCCCCCGGACUGGAGGCUUGAGAGCUCCAACGGGAAGAUGGCUUCACGGAGGUCAGAAGAGAAGGAGGCCGGCGAGAUCUGAACCCGUCUCCCGGGUGCUGUAAAUAGUCUGAUAAACGUUCACACAGUCUAAAAUUACCCUUUAUAUUUGCUGAAUACAACUCAUCUUUUGUAGUUUAAAAUUUCUAUUGUUUUGGAGCUAGCUGUGAGUUUCUAGAAUUGUACAGAGUUGCUCCUGUGUUCUGGGGUCAUGUUGAGUAGGAAUAAAUAAAUCUGAUGACUGCCUCCUGAGGCUGCAGUGGGGUUU